AUGCAGAUUUUUGUAAAAACGCUUACUGGAAAGACCAUUACUUUGGAAGUCGAACCUUCCGAUACCAUUGAAAAUGUUAAAGCUAAAAUUCAAGACAAAGAGGGAAUCCCACCAGAUCAGCAACGAUUGAUCUUUGCAGGAAAACAAUUAGAAGACGGACGUACUCUUUCCGAUUACAACAUUCAAAAAGAGUCUACUCUCCAUCUUGUUUUGCGUCUUCGCGGAGGUAUGCAAAUCUUCGUCAAGACCUUGACUGGUAAAACCAUCACCCUAGAAGUCGAACCUUCUGACACAAUUGAGAAUGUUAAGGCGAAAAUCCAAGACAAAGAGGGUAUCCCUCCUGAUCAACAGCGUCUGAUCUUUGCUGGUAAGCAGUUGGAAGACGGCCGUACACUUUCCGACUACAAUAUCCAGAAGGAAUCUACACUCCAUCUCGUUUUGCGUCUUCGCGGAGGUAUGCAGAUCUUUGUUAAAACCCUUACGGGUAAAACGAUUACUUUAGAGGUGGAACCUUCUGAUACUAUUGAAAAUGUGAAGGCUAAAAUCCAAGACAAAGAGGGUAUCCCCCCAGACCAACAACGUUUGAUUUUCGCUGGUAAGCAGUUGGAAGAUGGCCGUACACUUUCCGACUACAAUAUCCAAAAGGAAUCUACACUCCAUCUCGUACUCCGUCUGCGUGGUGGUAUGCAGAUCUUCGUUAAGACCUUGACUGGCAAAACCAUCACCUUAGAAGUCGAGCCUUCCGACACCAUAGAGAAUGUAAAAGCGAAAAUUCAAGAUAAAGAAGGCAUCCCUCCAGACCAACAGCGUCUUAUCUUUGCUGGUAAGCAGUUGGAAGACGGCCGUACACUUUCCGACUACAAUAUACAAAAGGAAUCUACACUCCAUCUCGUACUCCGUCUGCGUGGUGGUAUGCAGAUCUUCGUCAAAACCUUGACUGGAAAGACCAUUACUUUGGAAGUCGAACCUUCCGACACAAUAGAGAAUGUAAAGGCGAAAAUCCAAGACAAGGAAGGUAUCCCUCCUGACCAACAACGUCUUAUCUUCGCCGGUAAGCAACUGGAAGACGGCCGUACUCUCUCAGAUUAUAACAUCCAAAAGGAGUCUACCUUGCAUUUAGUUCUCCGUCUCAGAGGCGGAAUUUGA